UCCCCGGAGCCGGAGAAUGAGCUGAAACAUCGGGACCGACCGGGACCUUCCCCACACCCACCCACCUACCGGCACCAUGACCUCCUCUGUGGCCCCAGCUAUCCGCCUGCUCCGAUCUGUGCCCAGAGAUGCCCGUUAUCGUGGUUUUAUCUUCGUACUGACCUUCCUGAUUUAUACCAGUUAUCACCUCUCCAGGAAGCCCAUCAGCAUAGUGAAGAGCCAGCUGCACCAAAACUGCUCUGCCCUCCCCAACCCUCCUGCCAAUAUUUCGGAAAAUGACACGACGUGGUGUGACUGGGCGCCGUUUGAAAAGUCAAAUUAUAAGGAGCUUCUCGGAUCCCUGGACACCUCCUUCCUUGUCGCCUACGCCAUCGGCAUGUUUUUCAGCGGUAUGAUUGGGGAGCGCCUGCCCCUGCGAUAUUAUCUCUCCGGAGGAAUGGUUCUCUGCGGAAUCUUCUCGUCUUUGCUCGGCCUGGGCUAUUACUGGAAUAUCCACGCUCUCUGGUAUUUUAUACUAUUUCAGAUAUUGAGUGGAUUGGUCCAGACUACUGGAUGGCCGACUGUGGUGGCUUGUAUGGGAAACUGGUUUGGCAAAGGAAAGAGAGGAUUUAUUAUGGGAAUCUGGAAUUCACACACUGCUCUCGGGAAUAUUUUGGGAUCACUGAUUGCUGGAGCUUUUGUCUCUACGUCCUGGGGUUUGUCCUUCAUCGUGCCAGGAAUAAUAAUUGGUGCCAUGGGUGUCAUCUGUUUCUUCUUCCUCAUAGAAUACCCAGAAGACGUUGGCUGUACCCCUCCGGAGAGCAGUGAGGAGAGCAGCACGGAUGACGUGGGCGAUAUCCAAGUGACUAGUACCAGCACGGAGGCUAUUUUUAAGAACGAGCCUUUAGACAAUGUUGAUGAUCCUGAGAAUCACCCCAUUGGGGAACACCCACAAGCCAUCAGCUUUCUGGGGGCUCUGCGAAUCCCUGGUGUGGUCGAGUUUUCGCUCUGUCUGCUGUUUGCCAAGUUGGUCAGUUACACCUUCCUGUAUUGGCUGCCUCUCUACAUUGCCAACGUUGCUGACUUUGACCCUGAAAAAGCUGGGGAUAUGUCCACAUUAUUUGACGCUGGUGGGAUUGUAGGUGGCAUUUUGGCUGGAGCCAUAUCUGAUCUCACAGGGGCGAGUGCCAUGACGUGUGCAAUUAUCUUGGUUCUGACGGCGCCCAUGCUUUUUAUUUACAAUGAAUUUGGAAAGACGGAUGUUACAGUCACCAUCGUCAUGUUGCUGAUUUGUGGGAUGUUGGUGAAUGGGCCGUAUUCACUAAUUUCUACCGCUGUCUCUGCCGAUUUGGGAACCCAUAAAUCUCUCCAUGGAAACGCCAAAGCUCUUUCAACAGUCACUGCUAUUAUUGAUGGCUCUGGAUCAAUAGGAGCUGCACUGGGGCCAACCCUUGCAUCGGUUCUGUCCACCAGAAGCUGGAAUAGUGUAUUUUACAUGUUAAUCGUGUCGGAUUUGCUUGCGUGUUUGGUACUGUCUCGUUUGGUUUACAAGGAAGGGAAGCGGAUAUGCAGGUGUUGCUGGAAAUCCACAAGCGAUAGCAUGACCUUAAAGCACAAUAUUUCUGGAUGACUGAAAUAGUUAAAACUAACCAUUUCUCAUUCACGCGAAUGUAAGCGCGAUUUUACCUGGAGGGAGAAACUCCACCCACUGCGCUGUUCCCCGCUGGCAGGAUCAGCUCCUACGCUGCUAUUUAAAAAAUACAUAAACGCUGGAAGUUUUCACUGUUUUUGAUUUUAGCAAACUAUUUUAUGGUUUAGUACAGAAUAAUUAGGAGUGUGUUAAAGAAAGU